AUGUCUCAAGAUUGGAUUAGCCUUUCUUUUGAAGUGGUAAGGACCGAGGAGCAUGCUGACAAGACUGCUGGCAGGGCUGGCUUCCGCUUGAAAGCAUCAGGUCAGAAGCACCAUCGUCAAAAUGUCCAGAAUGAGACCGUCGAAGAGCCACAACUUCUAAUUGAAAACAUGCCUUUGAAGGAAUGGGUUCUCACGCGGCCAAUGAAGCAACGACAGAAAUUCAUGAACAACGACGAUGGUGGAUAUGGCAGCAAUCGCGAAACUCUGUGGCAUUUGGCCUGCAGAUAUCGAAAUGUGCCUCUUGCGAAGCAGCUUCUCGAACACAGUGCUCAUUACGCAGAGACAGGAACUGGAGAAACACCCUUGGAUCUUGUUGGCAGUGGAGAUAGCACGCGUGAAGACGUCCUUGACCUCCAUCAGGAGGAUGCAGCCUCAGAUGUUGCAAGCCCCAGGCCUGGUACAGUGGCAGGCGGCUCUCCCACUGUACGUCGUCUCGCAUCUGCGGCAGGAAGCUAUGCCAUUUCAGUUGACGAGGAAAGCCGUGAACUAGCCAGACUCCUGAUCUUUCUCGACUACCGCAUCAAACUGGACAGGGACCGAAAGAGAAAAGAGCAAAGGGAGAACGAUUCUGGUUACCCACGAAUUGUGGAUCGCUACCACAGACAAUUUCUUUUGGACGAACGUGCUAUGAUCCUGAUGCGUGACCAUGAUGACAAGGUGCUUUUACAUUACUCCGCGAUGUAUGGCCACUAUGCAGACGUGGAGUGGCUUCUCCAACAUGGAGCCCAAGUCGUUGUAUAUGACCAGCUUGCCUUCCACGACUUCCGGGUGACCAUCGUGAAACCCUCAAAGCCAGAACUGGAGAAGGCCUACACUACAGCAGAUGGAGAUGUGAACAUUCCGUUCCCAGAGUUUUGUUGGCGAAAGACAGUACGGAAUCCUCCAGGUAGAGCUGCGAUUUUACCGCUCCAAGACAUGCCAACCUGUCUGGGGAUGCGGCAGGAGAAUCCCGGUACUUUCAUCACAAGCGCCCCCAAGGUCUGA